AUGCAGGAUGAAACAAGUCCUCAACAAUAAUAAAAAGAGUAUGAAAUGACAAGUGCUCCAUUUGCUAAGAGACAAAGGAGUAACUCUGUGUAUGUGGCUGCACUGACUGAUAAUCUAGUAGUAGUAAAGCUUAAGGAGAAUGAAGCAAGUAAAAGGAACAGAAUACUCUUAAAGUAAGUCUUGCUUGAUAUAUGUGAGCAGUUCACACUAGACUUACUGCUAGAUUGUAUCAGCAGUGAUAAGCAUCCAUCACUCAUUGCAUUUUUGCUAAUCAUACUCACUCGUCCUGAUUCACUAAAUGAAUAGAGAAUGCUCUGUAUAUUUAUGUUCUCUUUCAUUCUUGGUGGUGCUUGCUGGAAUGGUUCGGUCAAGCUAUUAGACAGUAUGGACAAAGAUAAACUAUCCUAAUUCCUCAAGGUGCUAGUGUUGAACCUUGCUAAUGAUUCAGAAAGGAAAUUGCUAACUGCUUGGGCUAAUACUACAAGCACAUUGAAGAAUAACAACAGCAAUGUAGAUGACCGUCUAUUGGUACUAUCGUUUGCUGUAUAACUUGAUGACUAAGCAUUUUUUGUUGAGUUCACUAACUUGUUCUUGAAGGUUUCUGCUUCAGAGUUUUUCAAGCAACAAAAGAUAUGUGUGAAUGACUAUUUGUAACUUGCUGCAGAUGUUUAAGAGCACAGUGUCUUUGUUAUAAUCACUAAUCAUAAGGAAGAGUUUAUGAUGCAAUCUCUCUGUGAGUGGAAGGUUCUUAUCAACAAGUACCAGGUGAAAUCAGUAGUAGAAGAUGGUGAAUAAGUUCAAUCAUUCAUUGAAGAGUUGAGUGAUAAGUAUGGAGGGAUCACUGAGGACUUGUUGAAGACAGAUCUCACUCUGAAUUAAGACUGCAUCUUAUGUAUAGUGGUCCACACAUCAGAGAAAAAGCCUAAAAAAAGUCAGCUUGCUUUGCCUCAUUACUGCGCUGAAAGCUAUCUUAUGAAGAGAGACCGUGCUGCCUUUGCUGAGUUCUGGGCUCUCUUAGGUUACGAUGAGACCUGGAUCCAAUAUCACGCUGACUGUAACAUCACACCUGUAAAGGGAGAGCUGGUCAUAAUAAAUGAAGCUGAUUAAUUCAUGCUCAAUCUGAUAGAGGAAUUUAUGAAGCUUGUGAAUUAGUAUGCUUGCUUGUGCUUUACUGGAGCCCCCGAUAAUUGUUACGCGAAAGGAGCAGAAGCUAAGGUAAGAGGUAUGCUUGCGCUCAGCAAGUUCGACUUUAUGAUUGAGCCAAAAUUUAAGCCUGUCAAGAAUAUUGCUGAUCUACAGAUGGAUGAGAAUGUUUAAGCUGCUACUCUAGGAGAAGACAACUCACAUUAAGAAAUUUUAAGUCUCUGGUGUAAACACGCUAAAAUGACACUCGUGAAUGCUAAGCCAUUCAUAAACAGAGAAAGGCAAUGCAAGGCCUUGUUAGAGUAGGUAGGUCCCACGAUGUGUUGCAUGGUUAAGCUGUAAAAGAUUCAAACUAUGGUGAUAGCGGUACAGGUUGAAGCUAUGUCAAAGGGCUUCACCAGUAGAUAGAAAAUUUGCUCGGUAUUAGAAAUAAGAAAACCAAACCAACAUUUAACAAUGUUGUCACCCUAGACUAGUUCUAUAUGA